UUACUAAUUUUUCUGUGACUACUUUGACCUGGUCUGUGCCUCUUUACAUUCUUUAAUAAAAUCCUUAAACUUGACUAAAUGUCUCUCCCACCAGCAAUCUUCAUCCUGGAUUAAGAAUAAAAGAAAGAAAGAACCCCUUUCAAUUUCACAAUCAAAACCCUAAUUUUUCACAUCAAUCCAAAAAAAUAAGAAAAAACCCAGCACUUCUUACAACAGCCAUUGUCUAGAAUUCCCAUAUGAUUCCCAGGAUUCCAAUUCCAAUCUCAUGAAAAGAUAAUCUAAAAUCUGAAACCAAUUCGAUGAAUUUCCAAGAGCAAGAAUCCAAUUCCUAUAAUCUCAUAACCAGUUCAGCUACGUGGCUCGAAAUCCGAUUAUUCUACGUAAGAAUCACUCCUUGUGUGAUCGACAGCGUCCCAGAUCACUUAACGCUCCGUCAUUUACGGCGAGAGAUCAGCACGCCACUUGAAAUCAACGGCUCAAGGAUUCCGGCAGCGGAUUCUGCAUCCGUAACCUUACGCCGUGACCGUUUAAAUAAAGAAUCAUCGGAGGUGACGUACGUUAGCACCGACAGCGUGAGAAUAACUGGGGCCCUGGAAUUCGAGGUUAUUGAGGAAAACGAUUUGUUUUUGUGUGGGUCUUUAGAGAGAAUUGAAUCUACUACAUUAUGGGGUAAUGAUUCAAAAACAGGGUGGAGCAUGGAGUGUUACAUGGCGGCCUCUGUUGGAGAAGGAAAUUCGGUGUUUUUUCAGCCAAAAUUGGGGGUUUCUGCGCCGGCGAUUGAGGUUUAUAUUGCUGGAUGUUGUGGUGGUAUACCAGUUAUAUUGACUAAGACAAUUUUGGUUAGUCCGAGAAAAAAAGGUUCUAGACAUGGAAUGCUUGAUGCUAUUCCCGAGGAUGAGGAGAUGGAGAAGGAACACAAUGGUGACGCUUCUCUUCGUCUACGCAAAGUUCAGAUUAUUGAAUCAGAAGGUGAUGAUUCCGACUUGGAGGAGAAAACUGGAAACAGAUACUACUCAGAUGACAUGUAUUAUGGUGAGGAUGGCCAACUCACAUGGUUUAAUGCUGGUGUUAGAGUUGGUGUUGGAAUAGGCCUUGGGAUGUGCCUUGGGAUUGGAAUAGGCGUUGGACUGCUUAUGCGCUCAUAUCAAGCAACUACAAGGAAUUUUAGGAGGAGGUUCUUUUGAACUGAAUAAUAUGAUCUAAUAAUAUCCUAUAACAGAUCAGUGAAAGGAAUAUAAAAUCUUUGAGAAUGUUAAAGCAAGUCUGGAAAGAUCUCAAUAUUGGGGCCUAGGGAAUAAGAAACACUUAAUACAAUAACUUUGAUAUGUUAAAUAUGAGUUUUGGUGUGUGGAGUACAAAAUGUACAGUGUUUUUGUAACGUAGCCGCAAGAUCUUUGUUCAUAUGACGAGCCUGCAUUGAACGUAUAGGAGUUAGCUAAAAGUUCUCCGUUCCGUUGUAUUCCUAUGGGUGCUGAUUACACCGGGCAUUGGUCGGUUCAUAACAUUUGGACCACCAGCCCUUAAGAGCCGGAGGCAAAAACAUCUAUGUACGUAUUCAGCGGCUGGCAUGAGUUUGUGUGGGGUAUGGCUUUGCUUCACAUGAUAUGCAUCUAUAUCAUAGUCAUGUAGGAUAUGGUUUUUUUUUAUUUCUUUCUUCUUCCGCUCUUUGCUCAGCCUUUUUCGUUUUUGUUCUGAGUAUGUUCUCUAUGAAGUGUGACACAGUUUAACUUGUAAUCAAGCUUGAGCUACAUUUUGUCAUGUUUAAAUUUCAUUAAUUUGUUGGAAGCUGUAUCUUGAACUCUGAGAAUAAAUGAAAGUGCUUGUAGGGAUGUUCCACCAA